AUGGGAUCACCUUUACCUCCACCACCGCCACCUGCUCUAGCUGGAUUUGAGAUUGAGAGUGAUGAAGAUAUACAAGGGAACUCUGUUGACGAAUUUGCACUGCCGUCUUCUCCACUGCCACCUCCUCCGCCUCCACCUCCAGAUAUUGAAGACGAUUUUGAGGACUCAAAUAGCCUAAUAGAUGAAAAUGGUGAACUUCCGCCUCCACCCCCACCGCCUCUACCACCACCGGGAUUAGAUGCUGCAUUUUUGAAUGAGACACCUAUAGAACAUAACUUACACGAAGAGCAUAUCAAUACCAAAAAGAUACGAACAAGUUCUAACGAUAAACCAAAAACCUUUAAAAAGAAGAGGUCUAGAAAGAUAAUAAAAAAGCAAGAAAAGCGUUUAAAAAAACUAAAACAGGGUAAGAUAUCUUAUUCAAAAAUUGAAAUGCCACCAGAACACUUGAGGAAGAUAAUUGAUAAUCAUGCUGAUAUUUCUUCAAGAAGAUUUGACCACGAUAAAAAAUCUUUCUUAGGUGCGCUAAAGUAUUUACCUCAUGCAAUUCUGAAGCUUCUAGAAAAUAUGCCGCAGCCUUGGGAAAGUAACAAGGAGGUCAAGGUGCUAUACCAUACAGCUGGAGCAAUAACAUUUGUUAAUGAAAUCCCUAGAGUUAUAGAACCGGUCUAUAUUGCUCAAUGGUCAACAAUGUGGGUUGCUAUGCGAAAAGAGAAACGGGAUCGUACACAUUUUAAAAGAAUAAGAUUACCACCAUUUGACGAUGAUGAACCUCCAUUAUCAUACUCAGAUCAUAUAAACGACUCAGAUAGCCAAAAGGGGAUACAACUCCAAUCGAAUGACCCAGAUUAUGCACAAGUUUCGGAUUGGCUGUAUGACUCUAGGCCAUUGGAAGAUGAUCGUACCAAGACAAACGGAACAUCAUAUAAAAAAUGGAAACUCAAUGUUAAAGACGUCCGUUCCUUACAUAAUUUAUCAAAGCCCUUAUUGAAUGGAACUCAUGAUGGGAACUACUAUUAUCUGUUUGAUAAAAAAACAUUUAUGAAUUCAAAGGCUCUUAAUACUUUUAUUCCUGGUGGGCCCAGAUUCGAGCCUCUAUAUCCAUCUGAUGAUACUCAAAAUGAGGAUUAUAACGAUUUUAAUGCGAUAGACAGAAUUAUUUUUCGAAACAUAUUACGAAAUGAACACAUUCUAGCCUAUCCAAACCUGUAUUAUUCCAGACCUAGAUCAGUUACCCUAAAUUGGCAUUCUCACCCAAUAUUUUGCUUGAAAAUUACAAAAACCUCUAGUGAUGUGUUUGAUGUGGGUUUGGAACAUGUGUCAGGUCUCUCUGACAAAAAUUUUGGUAAUACUGAAGAUUUAUUCGACCUUGGAUGUGAACUGAAACCACUAAUGUCAGAAGUUGACUUAUUUGAUGAUACCACUGGUGAUGCAUUCGAAAUGUACCAUUCUCCUUACCCUUUCAACAGGAGACAGGGUCAUAUGAAGAGAGCAGAAGAUAUUUCCUUAGUUAAAAGAGCCUACAAUGAACGUCCAGGAUCUGGUGAACCUACCAAAGUAAAAGUCUCGCAUCAAAAGUUACUAAAGAAAGAUGUUUUUAAUGCCUUAAAGCGGAAUAGAAAAAAUCAUAAAAAUUACAACCUUCUGAAGGAUUUAAAGAGUACUAAAUUUUUUCAGGAAACACAUAUCGACUGGUUAGAGGCAGGUAUACAAUUAUGUAGACAGGGUCAUAAUAUGUUAAACUUACUUAUUCACAAGAGAGGACUAAACUAUCUACAUUUGGACUACAAUUUCAACCUGAAGCCAACAAAGACAUUAACUACUAAGGAAAGAAAAAAAUCAAGAUUCGGGAAUGCAUUUCACUUAAUGAGAGAAAUCUUAAAAAUGAUAAAACUCAUAGUCGAUGCACACUUACAGUUCAGACUAGGAAAUAUUGAUCCGUUUCAACUGGCUGAUGGAUUAUAUUAUAUUCUUAACCAUUUAGGUCAGUUGACAGGUAUCUACAGAUACAAGUACAAGGUUAUGCAUCAGAUAAGAGCUUGUAAGGAUUUGAAACAUGUGGUAUACUCUAAGUUCAAUAAAAUUAUUGGUAAAGGGCCUGGAUGUGGUUUUUGGCAUCCUGCAUGGCGUAUUUGGAUAUUCUUUUUAAGAGGUAUUAUCCCUAUUUUAGAAAGAUGGUUAUCUAAUUUGUUAAUAAGACAAUUUGAAGGAAGAAAUAAUGAUAUUGUGAAAACGACUACCAAACAGAGAACUGAUGCCUAUUAUGACCUUGAAUUGAGAGCAUCAGUAAUGAAUGAUAUACUUGACAUGAUACCGGAGGGAUUGAGACAACAAAAGGCUAGAACUAUUCUACAGCAUUUGAGUGAAGCAUGGCGAUGCUGGAAAGCUAACAUUCCUUGGGAUGUACCAGGAAUGCCACUUCCAAUAAAAACUAUAAUAGAAAGAUAUGUAAGAGCCAAGGCGGAUGGAUGGAUUUCUUCUGCACAUUCAAAUAGGGAGAAAAUGAAAAAAGGUGUUCAUAUCGAAAAAAACGCUGCCAAGAGAAAUUUAGGAAGACUAACAAGAUUAUGGAUAAAGAAUGAACAAGACCGUCAAGCUCAGAUAGAAAAGAAUGGACCUGAAUUAACUCCAGUUGAAGCAUCUACAAUCUUUAGAGUAAUGGUUGAUUGGCUAAGAACAAGAAGUUUCAAACCUAUUGCUUUUCCAUCCUUGACAUAUAAAAAUGAUACAAAGAUCUUGGUACUAGCCUUGGAAAAUUUGAAGGAUUCCUAUGGUGCCAAAACUCGACUAAAUGCAGCUGAAAGAGAAGAAUUGGCGCUAAUCGAAGAUGCGUACGACAAUCCUCAUGAAACUUUGAAUAGAGUUAAAAAAUACCUCUUAACACAAAGAGUAUUUAAACCAGUUGAUAUCAAUAUGGUAGAGCACUAUCACCAUAUUUCUCCUGUGUAUGCAGUCGAUCCAUUGGAGAAGAUUACUGAUGCCUAUUUAGAUCAAUACAUUUGGUAUGAAGCUGAGCAAAAGAAUCUGUUUCCAAAUUGGAUAAAACCUAGUGAUUCUGAAAUAUCACCAUUACUUGUAUAUAAAUGGGCUCAAGGUAUUAAUAACGUCAAUGGAAUAUGGGAUGUUCAUGGAAAUAAAUCCACAGUGUUGCUGGAAUCGAAACUUGAAGCUUUUGUCGAAAAAGUUGAUUUUACUCUGCUGAAUAGAUUGCUCAGACUAGUUAUGGAUCCUAACCUAGCUGACUAUAUGGUUGCAAAAAAUAAUGUAAUUGUCAAUUUCAAAGAUAUGAGCUAUGUUAAUAAGUAUGGUAUUAUUCGUGGUCUACAAUUCGCUUCAUUCCUAUAUCAAUUUUAUGGCUUGGUUAUGGAUAUAUUGAUUCUUGGAAUUGAUAGGGCUAAUGAAAUUGCCGGUCCUGUUAGUGCUCCUAAUGAAUUUAUGGAGUACAGCUCUUCAGAGGUUGCUGAUAAACACCCCUUAAAAUUGUACAUGAGAUAUUUGGAUAAAAUAUAUAUGGUGUUUCAUUUCUCUGAGAAAGAGGCCGACGACCUGACAUUCCAGUACUUGUCAGAAAAUCCUGAUCCAAACUUCGAAGAUAUUAUAAACUAUCCCAACAAAAAGUGCUGGGCAAAGGAUCAGCGUAUGCGACUGAUUAGACAAGAUGUACACCUUGGAAGAGCAGUUUUUUGGGAAGUGCAAGGUCGUAUACCUGGUUCAAUUGCGGAAAUAAAAUGGGAUUCUUCUUUUGCUUCAGUAUACAGUAAGAAUAACCCAAAUUUGUUAUUUACAUUGUGUGGUUUUGAAGUGCGGAUAAUUCCUAAGCUCAGAACUGAUGAACUAACUACAGUCUCGGAAAGUGUAUGGGAUUUGGUCGAGAAAUCUACUCAACAAAGAACAGCAAUUGCAUAUUUAAAAGUCUCUCAGGAGUCAAUUGAUAUAUUUGAAGGAGUUAUUCGCGGUAUACUAAUGACGGCAGGCUCUGCUACCUUUUCAAAGAUUGCUGCGAAAUGGAAUACGGCUCUAAUCGCAUUAUUUACUUAUUUCAGAGAGGCAAUAAUAACAACCGAACCACUGUUAGACAUAUUGGUUAAGUCUGAAACACGUAUUCAGAACAGAGUAAAACUUGGAUUAAAUUCUAAAAUGCCUACUCGUUUUCCACCUGCUGUGUUUUAUACACCUAAAGAGCUAGGAGGUUUAGGCAUGUUGAGUGCUUCUCACAUUCUUAUCCCUUCUUCUGAUUUAGCAUAUUCAAAGCAAACAGAUACAGGUAUUACUCACUUCAGAGCGGGUAUGUCUCAUGAAGACAGCCAAUCGAUACCAACUAUUUUUCGAUACAUUCCAACUUGGGAAAAUGAGUUUUUAGAUUCACAACGUGUAUGGGCAGAGUAUGCCAAUAAAAGAUUAGAAGCGAUGAGUCAAAAUAGGAGGUUGUCUUUUGAGGAACUUGAGGGUUCAUGGGAUAGAGGUAUCCCCAGAAUAAGCACAUUGUUUCAAAGAGACAGGCAAACUUUGGCAUAUGAUAGAGGCCACAGGGUGAGAAGGGAAUUUAAACAAUUCUCACUCGAUAGACCAUUAGCGUUUUGGUGGACCAAUGCUCAUCAUGACGGUAAGCUGUGGAAUUUGAACAAUUAUAGAACAGAUGUAAUCCAAGCUUUAGGUGGUAUAGAAACUAUUCUAGAACAUACCCUCUUCAAAGGUACUGGCUUCCAUUCAUGGGAAGGGUUAUUUUGGGAGAAAGCGUCAGGUUUUGAAGAUUCGAUGCAGUUCAAGAGAUUAACGCAUGCUCAAAGAACAGGUUUGAGUCAAAUACCUAACCGUAGGUUCACUUUGUGGUGGUCACCUACUAUUAAUAGAGCAAAUGUGUAUGUUGGUUUUCUUGUACAGUUAGAUUUAACGGGUAUUUUUUUACAUGGUAAAAUACCCACGUUAAAAAUAUCGUUGAUACAAAUAUUCAGAGCUCAUUUAUGGCAAAAAAUUCAUGAAAGCGUUGUAUUUGAUAUAUGUCAGAUUCUCGAUGGCGAACUAUCAUCCUUGGCAAUAGAGAAUGUGAUAAAAGAGUCAGUACAUCCAAGGAAAUCAUACAAAAUGAAUUCAUCUGCUGCAGAUAUUACCCUGACAAGUAUAGAUCAAUGGAAGGUUUCAAAGCCCACCCUGUUGCACAAUAGUAAUGAUGACACUUCAAGUAUUAGUAGUAACAAAAUGUGGAUCGAUGUACAGUUGCGUUACGGUGACUAUGAUUCACAUGAUAUUUCAAGAUAUGCAAGAGCAAAGUUUCUAGACUAUACUACCGACAAUGUCAGUAUGUAUCCAUCUCCAACAGGUAUUAUGAUAUGCAUAGAUUUGGCGUAUAAUAUGUAUGAUGCCUAUGGCAAUUGGUUUGAUGGGCUCAAACCAUUGAUACAAAAUGGUAUGAAAACAAUUAUGAAGGCAAAUCCAGCACUGUAUGUUUUGAGAGAGAGAAUAAGGAAAGGUUUGCAAAUUUAUCAAUCCACUGUUCAAGAACCUUUCUUAAACUCUUCCAAUUAUGCUGAGUUAUUUAACGAUGACAUUAAACUUUUCGUGGAUGAUACGAAUGUCUAUCGAGUGUCGGUGCAUAAAACAUUUGAGGGGAACGUUGCAACCAAAGCAGUUAACGGUUGCGUAUUUAUGUUGAAUCCGAAAUCAGGACAUUUAUUUUUAAAGAUUAUUCAUACAUCAGUGUGGUCAGGACAAAAGCGAUUGAGCCAAUUGGCAAAAUGGAAGACAGCUGAAGAAGUAAGUGCGUUGGUUAGAUCUCUUCCUAAGGAAGAACAACCAAAGCAAGUUAUUGUGACUAGAAAGGCUAUGCUUGAUCCGUUGGAAGUUCACAUGCUCGAUUUUCCUAACGUAGCAAUCAGGCCUACCGAACUGAAAUUACCUUUCUCUGCUGCGAUGUCUAUUGAUAAGCUAUCGGAUAUUGUUAUGCGUGCCUCUGAACCAAAAAUGGUCCUUUACAACAUUUACGAUGAUUGGCUAGAUACCAUCUCAUCCUACACAGCAUUUUCGCGGUUAAUAUUACUCCUUAGGGCUUUAAAAACAAAUGAAGAGCAGGCUAAAUCAAUCUUGCUUCGUGAUCCUACUAUAGUUAUUAAAGAGCAUCACCUCUGGCCAUCUUUUUCGGACUCGCAAUGGAUUGAAAUUGAAAGUCAAAUGAGGGAUCUGAUUUUAGCAGAGUACGGGAAAAAGUACAAUGUAAAAAUUUCCGCGCUUACACAGACUGAAAUCAAAGAUUUGAUAUUAGGCCAAAAUAUCAAAGCUCCAUCGGUAAAACGGCAAAAAAUGGCAGAAUUGGAAGAGGCCAAGCUGGAUAAGGAAAAACUACUUGAAGGUGGCCAAUCUACGACAGUCACUAAAACAAAGGCCAUUAAUGCUCAAGGUGAAGAAAUUGUUGUUGUAACAUCCUCAAAUUAUGAAACCGAAAGUUUCAAUUCUAAAAGUGAAUGGAAAAAAUCUGCGCUUGCUAACAGUUUAUUACAUAUUCGUUUGAAAAACAUUUAUGUAAAUGCUGGUGAGUUCAUUGAAGAGAAACCUGUAUACAUUUUUCCAAAGAACAUACUUGAGAAGCUAGUUCAAAUAUCAGAUGUCAAGUUACAAGUUGCUGCAUAUAUUUAUGGUAGUUCUCCGAAGGAUCAUCCUAAUGUGAAUGAAAUCCAAACAGUCGUUUUGGUGCCUCAGAUUAGUACCGAUAGAACAGUAAAAUUUAUUGGCCACCCAAAUCAUGACGACUAUGAGGAGCUGGAAGGGUUGAAGCUUCUGGGUUGGGUUAAUAUACAACAUGAAGACUUUAAGUUUAUGGGACCUUCUGCUUUGAUGAAUCACGCUUCGCAUUUUUCUAACAGCAAACACGAUCCUAUCAUGAUCUCAAUCUGUUCGGUUCCUGGGUCAAUUAGUAUUUCAGGUUUCACGGCCUCAAUUAAAGGUCUAGCUUGGGCAAUGCAAAAUAAGGAUACUGUUAGUGAAAUCCCUGAGGGAUUUGAACCAAACUACAGUGAAAACGCACAAUUGAUGCUUUCAGAUAGAAUUUCUGGGAACUUCUUCGUACCUAGCACUGGAGUGUGGAAUUACUACUUCAUGCCUACAAAUCUUCCGGAUACACUAGAUGAUAUGUCAAUCAGAAUUCCUGUUGAAUUCUAUAACGAUAUACACAGGCCAAAUCAUUUUCUACAGUUUGCAGACCUUAUGGAUGAUGAUGGUGAUUUGGAAGCCGGUCAAGAGGAUCUGUUUGCAUAG